CAGCAGCAGCAGCGUCAGCAGCAACAGUUGCCUCAGUGCGAGGCGUGUCGGAGUGUACCGACGACGGAGCGUGUUGUUCACGAUGCGAGUGAGGUGCGAUCUGUGCUGCGUGGUGCUGCUGCUGCUGCUGCCGCUUCUGGCUCGGGCCUGUCCGGACAGGUGUCUAUGCUUCAGCACGACCGUGCGCUGCAUGUUCCUGCAGUUCGAUGAGAUUCCCGACGACGUGCCGGAUUCGACGACGAUUCUAGAUCUAAGGUUCAACAAGAUAACGGAGAUUCGCCCUAGGACGUUUAGAAAUCUUCACAAUCUGAAUACUCUGUUAUUAAACAAUAAUAAUAUCAGACGAUUAGUAGAUGGAGCUUUCGAGGGGCUGCGGAAUGUCAAAUAUAUAUAUCUAUACAAGAAUGAAAUUCAGUCCAUUGACCGUAGAGCAUUCCAAGGUCUUCAUAACCUAGAGCAACUCUACCUACAUUUCAAUGAAAUUAAUCACCUAGAUGCUGAGACGUUCUCCAAUCUACCAAAGCUAGAGAGAUUGUUUCUUCAGAACAACAAGCUGAGGGCUCUUCCCCGUGGUUCGUUUUCAAACCUACCGAGUCUACACAGACUGCGUCUAGAUGGCAAUGAGUUGGUGUGUGACUGCAACGUGGUAUGGCUUGCCGAGAUGUUACGCGAGGGACCGGUCAACACCCAGGCUGCGGCCACGUGCUCGCAUCCAGAGAGUCUGCGUGGACGCUCGCUGACCAGCCUGCAGGAAAACGAGUUGAGCUGUGAUCAAUCCAAUAGCAUCACAAACUAUGUGAAGCCUCAGUUUGUGUCUCACCCAAGAGAUCAAGACAUCCAGUUCGGGGCAACUGUCUACCUGGAGUGCCGAGCCACAGGCGUUCCUGACCCACAGAUCAUCUGGUUGCAUAAUAGUGUGGAGAUUGACCCGAGCAACCUGAACGAGUUCAGCAGGUUUCGUAUCAACGAUGAUGGCACACUAAUGAUCCAGCAUGCACAGGACUCCGACCAGGGUCUGUACGGGUGUACGGCCAGCAACAGUGCCGGCUACGUACGCUCGGACACAGCAGAGGUGCGAUACGUCAACGGUCCAGCACGACCGACCAUCGUUAGACUGCCGGACCACCAGGAAACUCGUGUAGGUGAGACCGUCAGCCUUGAGUGUGUGGCUGAUGGGAGCCCCCGGCCGCAGAUCGUGUGGACCAAGGACAGCGCAGCGUUACCGAACCUUGAUAAGUACCGGGUGGACCAGCAAACAGGGACACUCGAGAUUAGGUUUGUACGCCCUGAAGACCAUGGUCUCUACCGCUGUUCAGCAACGAAUGAGUAUGGCAGCGUGUCAGCUAGUGCCCAUGUGCGUGUGUUCUCUCCUCCAUUGCUGGUAGAGGAGCCAGAGAAUGCUCAGCAUCUUCAGGGAGAGAUAGGAGAAUUCAGAUGCUUAGCUGAGGGUUAUCCCACUCCGGCUAUCAGCUGGUUCUUUAAUGGAAAUCCAAUCCGGGAGGAUAAUCCCCGAUAUGAUUUCAUCUCGGGAGGGACAACGCUGCGGCUAGCACUGCUCACGCUGGGAGACACUGGUUCAUACGAGUGCAAUGCACUCAACAACUUGGGCAACAUGAGGGCGUCGGCUCGUCUCAUUGUCCGACCAAAGUUGAGGCCAGAGUUCAUAAUCACACCAAAUGACGUGUCAACCCGACCGCUAGCUGAUGUGACUUUACCCUGCGCUGCCAGGGGUGUGCCCCAGCCCAAUGUUCGCUGGUUGAUGGGUGAACACUUACUGCGUGUAGGAGAGAAAUACAGGAUGAGUCCAGAAGGGUAUCUAACUAUAAUGAACGUAAGCAAGGCUGACGAGGGUCACUAUUUCUGUGCUGCUGAAAACACAGAGGGCUAUGCCGUCGAUGAUGCUUGGCUCACAAUCACUGACACGGGCUCGCGCUUUGCCGGCGACAACUUUGUGAUCAACUCGGUCGAGGAGGCGGUCGCGACGGUCGACCGCGCGAUCAACAACACGCUGCGCUACGUGUUCGACACAACGCAGCGCCGCUCGCCGCACGACCUGCUGCGUCUCGCACGCUUCCCGACGUCCGGCGCACUGCGGCUCGGACGCGCCGCCGAGAUCUUUGAGCGCACCCUGGCAAUGAUCGAGAGCCAGGUGUCGAACGGCGCCCAGUUCACUCUGAACGGAUCCGAAUUUACAUAUGAGCAGCUGGUGUCGCCAUCUACACUCAAUCUGAUAGCCAACUUGUCUGGAUGUACAGCCCACCAGCGUGUAGCCAACUGCUCCGACAUGUGCUUUCACAAGAAGUACCGCUCGUUUGACGGCAUAUGUAAUAAUCUACAGCACUCGAUGUGGGGUGCCUCGCUGACUGCAUUCACGCGCUUGCUACCACCUGUAUAUGAGAACGGUUUUAACACUCCUAUCGGUUGGGAUCUGAACAAGAGGGUUUCCGGAUUCCAGAAACCAGCGGCGAGGACGGUGUCAUCACGUAUCGCUGGCACACGUGCAGUAACCGCCGAUGAAGACUUCACACACAUGCUGAUGACCUGGGGUCAGUUCCUGGACCACGACAUUGACUUGGCUGCCGGCGCAGUCAGUCGCGAGGCCUUCACGAGUGGUGAACUCUGUGAGGAUAUCUGUCGGAACGAGCCGCCGUGCUUCCCCAUCAUGGUGCCGCGCGACGACUCGCGCACGCACCACCAGGGCCACUGCAUGGAGUUUGUGCGCUCGAGCGCCGUGUGCGGCUCAGGCAUGUCGUCGAUCUUCUUCAACGCCGUGACGCCGCGCGAGCAGAUCAACAUGCUCACGUCGUUCAUCGACGCGUCGAACGUCUACGGCAGCCAGAGGGCGCUGGCCGACGAGCUGCGCGACGUGACGGGUGAGCGCGGGCUGCUGCGCAUGGGCGACACGCUCGACUCGGGCCGCGCGUACCUACCCUUCAACGCGCGCUUCCCCGUCGACUGCCAGCGCGACGAGCACGCCAGCAACAUCCCGUGCUUCCUCGCCGGCGACUUCCGCGCGAACGAGAACGUCGCGCUGACGACGAUGCACACGAUCUGGGCGCGUGAGCACAACCGCAUCGCGACGAGCCUGCUCGCGCUCAACCCGCACUGGGACGGCGACGCCCUCUACCACGAGUCGCGCAAGAUCGUCGGCGCGAUGGUGCAGCACAUCACCUACUCCCGCUGGUUACCGAAGGUGCUCGGCGAGCGCGGCAUGGCGACUCUCGGCGCGUACACCGGCUACGACCCGAGCGUGAACCCGAGCAUCGCGAACGUGUUUGCAACGGCCGCGUUCCGCUUCGGCCAUGGCCUCGUCAAUCCCAUCAUGUACCGGCUCAACUCCAGCUUCCAGCCGAUCGCCGAGGGCAACCUGCCGCUGCACAAGGCCUUCUUCUCGCCGCACAGGCUCGUCGACGAGGGCGGAGUCGAUCCGCUGCUCAGGGGGCUGUUUGGCGUCGCGGCGAAGCUCUUUCAGCCAGAUCAGAUGAUGAACACGGAGCUGAUCGACCGGCUGUUUGAGAUGGUGCAUGAAGUGGCGCUGGAUCUCGGCGCGCUCAACGUGCAGCGCGGCCGCGACCACGGCCUGCCGAGCUACAACGCGUGGCGCGAGUACUGCGGCCUCGCUCCCGCGCGCACCUUCCACGAGCUGCGCCGCGAGAUCAGCAGCCGCGAGGUGAUCAACAAACUGCAGACGGUCUACGGACACCCGGAUAACAUUGAUGUAUUCAUCGGCGGGAUGAGUGAGGAUAAAGUAGAAGGUGCUCGUAUGGGCCCAACGUUUAUGUGUAUCAUAGCCGACCAGUUCAAACGUCUGCGAGAUGGAGAUAGAUUCUGGUACGAGAAUCCGGGUGUAUUCUCUCCAGGACAGCUGACUGCUAUCAAACAAGCGAGCUUGGCCAGAGUUAUCUGUGACAACAGUGAAAGUAUCGACAGGGUGCAGAAGGACGUGUUUGUGAAUGUGGAAUACCCACAGGGCUACGAAAGCUGUUCCACUGAUAUACCACAUGUUGACCUCAGCCUCUGGGUUGAAUGCUGCCAGGACUGCAGCACAUUGGGAGCGUCCGAAUCGUUUGUCGACCACCUGGGACGCAGCAAGCGCUCUGAGUUCAGCUACCCUGAGGACCGCCCUCAACGAGACCAGACUCAGCAGCUGCAUGGCGCACCCAUUGCCCUGAUCGUCGACACUGAGGCCCAGGAGCACAUGGACAUAAUGGAAGAUAGGAUCGAAGGACUUGAGACAUUGGUGGAAACUAUGACGAAAACUCUAUACAAAUUUAACCGAAAGAUGAGGAAAAUGGAGGCACACAUGAGUGGGAAGAAUUGUGUUGAUGCUGAUAAACAGCAGAGGAACAACGGAGAAGCUUGGAUGGAGGGCAACUGUAGCAAGUGCAUCUGCAAGAAGUUUAUGAAGCACUGCAAAGAAGUAUGUUGAACCUAGCUGUCGAGUCUAGUUUACUUCCACCUACAACAUGCAUACUUGUCAUUGGCUGCACACUGUUCAAUACGCGAGUCCAGACGAGAGACACAUCCGUGAGAUGUAGCGCAAUGGCAAAAGGAACUAUUCACGUGACACAUACAGAAAAGGCCUCUAUUGCUCGAAGUGUUGUAUGUGUAGUGCUCAGUGAUUUCUGUAAUGCGCUCUCGAGUUCAAUUCGUGUAAUGUGUUGAUGUUCACGACGUGUGCAUCGUCCUCACCAGCACACAACAUUAUUUAAAUCAAUAGUUUCGUUAUUUUUGCAUUUGUCAAUUAAAAUAGUCGAUUAGUGUGCGUAUUUGAGUAUUUGCGAGCAUUGCCUAUACUGUAAACAAAAUCAAUAGUUCUUGUGGUUUCAGUGACUUUAGUAGAUCUGCUGACGUUUUAGUCACCUCUAUGUGGCAAAAACGCUGGGAAGUUGCCUAGCAUAUUUGGUACCUGAGUUUAUGUGUAACGUUUAUGCGAUCGCGUUGUGGAAAGACUAGCAGAUUGCAGCUUCUUGAGAAUUCACUUGUCAGCACUGGAACUGUGCCUAAACAUUUAAUGUAUGUUCACCCCUUUCCUGUAAAAAAUUAUGUUCGUUGGCCAAUGUGUGUGUUUUUCUGUGAUGGGUAUAUUUUGUAAAAAAAAAAACUUGAUGAGAAAAGGCAUUUAGAGUAAUAGACGCAGUAAAGCCAGCUUUGCAUUCAUGUUAGUACCAUGAUGCAUUUCAGGUGGAUGCUUGCUGAUGCGUAACAAAUUCAUAAUACUAAAUAAUAUAUGAUUACGUAUGAUUACAAUUACGAGCUACAACUUAUAUCAUUCAUUGCUGGAAAAUCAUAUGCAUAACAUACGAAAGAAGUUUUAUAGUUGGCGCUAUUAUAUAUUUGGUUGUACUUGCUUUUCAGUUAUGGCCUCCUAUUUAUUCUCAUUCACUCGGUAUGUCGUAGGAUUGUUGCUGGUGCUGUAAUGUUUUUUUUUAAAUUGGACUCGAAUUGUGUGAUGGACAAGCGCAAUAUUAAACUUAAAGUAUUCUGCUUUUACCAUUAUGUUUCCUCAGACUGUAUCCUAUCGAAUAUACUUGCAGCGAUGUAUCAGUCGUUAUAGACUA